AUGGAAUCGAGGAUCAUUUUCUGCCUCUUGAUUGUUUUUGUAUCUACGGUAAAUGGAAAGGCUGUUGCACUCUCAAACAAGCCGACAAUCGACCCACGAGUACCCUGCAAUGUCAUAUUUUGGUUGGAUGCAUCGAACGAGGCUUGGGCCCACUUCGGCACUCAAACAAACCUACUCAAAGACUUCGCCGCAUUGGCCUUCAUAAAAUACUCAAACGCCAAUUUCCUGCUUCGAUUCGGGUUGUCGGUUUUGGGACAGGACCAAUCCCCUGAUAUGGGAACUUUUUGCAACACCUAUGAUCAAUUUGCGACCUAUUUGAAUGGUUUCGAACAUGACGCCGCGCUUGAGUAUGCGACAGGCGAUACUAUCAAAAACACAAUCGAUACAGCCAACCGGGUCACGUUUCUGAAGAAUUCAAUGCUGUUUUUCUUCACUAAUAGCAAUCAAGCUGAAGUCGAUGCUGCCGCUACCAACCAAAAACGUGCCAACAUCACCCGAGUAGCAAACCCAUUGUCAUCGGACAACUUUCCGGGAGCGCUGGAAGGCGUCAUCGAGCAGUUUUGUCAAAAUAUUAAUGCUAUG